AUGUCUAUGAAGAAUGAAACGAGAGUGACAGAAUUCAUUCUUCUAGGUUUUGGAGACCUUCACAGCUUUAAUGUUGUAUUCUUCAUUUUCUUCUUAAUCGUUUUCCUUUUUACAGUCAUGGGAAACCUUCUGAUCAUCCUUCUGGUGUCGCUCACUGCCCAGCUCCGGUCCCCCAUGUAUUACUUCCUUUGCCAUCUUUCCGUUUCCGACCUCGUACUUUCGACAAAUAUUCUUCCCAAUAUGCUCAGCGCCAUUCUUCUGGGAGGGACAACAAUAAGUUAUGUUGACUGCAUUGCACAGUUGUAUUUCUUCACCGGUACGGCUUUCACAGAAUGUUUUCUCCUUCCCGUGAUGUCCUAUGACCGAUACCUGGCCAUCUGCAACCCCUUGAGAUACUCCAGUAUUAUGGUCAUGAAAUGUCAGAUUUGUCUUUCUCUAUGGCCAUGGUUGCUGGGUCUUACACUUAAUCUUAUUGGGGUCUUGCCAAUAUCAAGCUAUAAUUUUUGCCGUGACAAUAUCAUUGACCAUUUCUACUGUGAGGUCUUUCCACUCCUGAAGCUUUCCUGCUCGGACUCUUCUCUUGUAGAACUGGAAGCAUUUCUGUUCUCUCUGCCAAUCUUUAUCCUUCCUUGUGGUUUUAUCAUUGUCACCUAUGUAUUUAUCGUCCUCACCAUAGUCAGGAUACCAACAACAUCGGGCAAACAAAAGACCUUCUCUACCUGCAGUUCUCACCUUAUUGUUGUGGGGACAUUUUACGGGACACUAAUAGCUAAAUACAUGAUCCCAUCUCAAGGACUGUUACGCCGAGCGCUCCGGUCAUUGCUUAUUAAUAAGAUUGUAUCCUUACUGCACACGGUAUUUACCCCUCUGUUUAACCCUAUUAUAUAUAGUCUUAGAAAUCAGGAUAUAAAGAUGGCGCUUAAAAAACUUUCCUAUCUAUAA